UGCUACUGCUCCAUUCAUCCAGUGGAAAUGGAGCAAACAAGUAGAGUCAGUUAAACAUGUGAUGACAGAAAAAAACUGAAGGUUGAAAAGCAUGGCAAACUUCUCGGAAUGGACGAAAGGGAGUAACAUUUCACUCGAGUCUGAUUUUGAGCUCUGCGCCACGUUGAGAAGUUCUGGUUCCCGGGUCACACUCUAUGUCUUCAUCAUCGCUGGGAUCAUCUGCACUGUUGUUGGCAACUUCCUGGUGGUGCUCGCCAUUGCUUAUUUCAAACAGUUGCAGUCUACCACUAACUAUUUCGUAAUGUCUCUGGCUGUAGCUGACUUCCUGGUGGGGUUGGUGGUCAUGCCGUACAGUAUGGUUAGAACAGUGGAAGGAUGCUGGUAUUUUGGCCCUACCUUUUGCCACCUACACUCCAGCUUGGACGUGAUGCUCUGCACGGCAUCUAUAUUCCAUCUGAGCUGCAUCGCCUUUGACCGCUACUACGCUGUCUGCAACCCCCUGGUAUAUUCGUUUAAGAUGUCCCGUAAGCGUGUGGCUCUACUUAUUGUGGUUUGCUGGGCUGUGCCUUUACUGAUCUCCUUUGGCCCUAUCCUCCUUGGGCUGCACAAGCUUGGCGUGAACGUUCCUUUGCCUGAGAACAUGUGCGUUUUCUUCGUGAACCGCGUUUAUGCUGUCAUGGCCUCCCUUGUUGCGUUCUACCUGCCGAUGGUGACCAUGCUGGUGGCAUACUGGAAAAUAUUUAAAGCAGCCAAGCGGCAGGCUAUGCAGAUAAGUGCCAUGGAGGCACAGAUGGCCUCAGGUGUGGGCAAGGACUCAAGUAAGAAGCAAAAACACCGCAACUCAAUAAGGAGGGAAAGGAAAGCCGCCAAAACUCUGGGCAUCAUCAUGGGGGUUUUCCUUCUCUUCUGGCUCCCCUUCUUUACUGUCAAUAUCGUUGACCCUUUCAUUGAGUAUGGGACUGCUGGUGUGAUAUGGGAUGUGUUCCUGUGGUUGGGGUACAUCAAUUCCUCCCUAAACCCUUUUCUCUACGGUUUCUUCAACCGCUCUUUUCGUAGGGCUUUCCUCAUGAUCAUGGGCUUCAGAAUUUGUCUGCAUGGCUCAGUCCAAGGAACGGACCUCUCUCACUCGAAAAAAGAUGCCAAUGAGCGCACCGAGAACCAGUAGACCAUAGCAGCGGUUUGUUUGUAUUAGUAAUAUGUGCUGUCAAAAAUCCCAAGCUUGUUUCUGUGCUUAUCCAAGGUAUUCCUUGUUGUUUGUUGAACAAGUAUGAGGUGGCAACAAGACUGACCUACAAAUGGAGUAACUACACCAACACUAAAACAAAAAGAGAAAAAUGGCUUCAAAGUUUUUUGAUUGUCCAGCAAAGAUGUAUGGAGCGCAACACUGCCCGCAUAUUUUUUCAGCUGUCUUGGUUCUGGAAGUAUUUUCCCCAUUCAUUUCUUCCACAGGGGUUUCAUGAAAUCCUUACUCAAAAAAAAAAAAAAAAAAGUCCUAAGCUAUGAAUCAAACCAACCAGCUCUGAGGUAAAUCACAACUUUACUAGCUUUAAUUUGAAGCAAAAAAGCAUUUGACAGUUGGACAAAACAAAGCUACAAGACUUUGUGCUUAAUGAACUGCAAUCCUGUUAAGUAUUGCGAAUGACGUAAUCAAAUUAAAAACAAUGGUAAACUGUAAAACUAUUGAUUUAAAAUUGUUGGUUAUAAGUAUAGAAACAAUAUAUUGUAAUUGUAUUGCAAAAUAUUCAGAUAUUUGCAAAUAUACAAGAAGUUUGAGAGUGUAGGAAGACCAACUUGGUUGCGUCAUUCACAGUAUGUCAUGCGAGUGGGUGGUCGCUACAGUGCUUGUUUGGUGUGCUUUGUUAGCCAUAAUUCUCUGAUUGGUGAAGCAUCAGGAUCAUUCUUCAGGAUCAUGAGUAGCAUAGUUCUUUACCAGGAAUUAUGCUAUUAAACACAAUUUUUAAAAACUAAAGUUGUAAUAACACAAGGUGGCUUCAACAGAAGCAUACACCUUUGAUAAACAACAUCGGAGCUUACGGUAGGUCUGUCAUUAUGUCUGUCUAUGUUAGCGUUAAUAAUUAAUUCGUCACCGUAAAAAAUGAAUGGGAUUUUUACUUCCAGAACCUGACUGUUGUUCUCUAUUACAAAACAGUCUUAACUCUGUUUCUCUGAAUCUGAGUAUGGUCACAUCAUACACUAGGAGACCUGAUUUUGGUUUUACUGUAACAAAAUUUUGACAAAAUGUGUAGUUACUGCAUUUUGACUGCAAGGCAGAAGAGAAGCAUAAUACUGUUUACUUAAAGGGAUAAAAGGUAUCUCCUGUGUGCCCCAUUUUGAUUUCUAAACAAUACAACAACUUGUGUAAAAUGAUAAAACACAAACCUCAAUUUAGUAGUUUGCACUAAAAACACAGCAAGUGAUAAACUGCAUGAAAACAUUGUGCUUUGGUGUUGAACUUCCUGUAGAAAUAUGAAUGUUUUCUUCCAAUUAUUAGUGUUUACUCUGAAUA